CUCAACACCAAACAACACAACUCGAUUCAUUGUCGCCUCCUCCACGCACUGCGUCAGUCAGACUUUACAAUGCCGCCCAAGCAACGCACAGCCGCCCCCCAGACCGUUCCUGGCACACCCUACUCGGCUGCGAAACCUAAGUCCGCGAACGACGCGCAAGACAUCCUGCAAGGGGUAUGGAACCGCUAUGUUGAGAAGACAACACAGCGCACAAAGCUGCUUGACAGCUUCAUGCUGUUUCUGGUUGUAGUUGGCGCUCUGCAAUUCCUCUACGUCGUGCUUGUUGGCAACUUCCCCUUCAACGCUUUCCUGUCUGGCUUCAGCGCUUGCGUCGGCCAAUUUGUCCUCACAGCUUCCCUCCGUAUCCAGACCAAUCCCGAGAACAAGGCCGACUUCGAGAGCAUUUCCCACGAGCGGGCGUUUGCUGACUUUGUGUUUGGAAGCUUGCUGUUGCACUUCUUCUGUGUUAACUUCAUCAACUGAGCAGUGAGUUGUAAGAGAAGCAUCAGCAAGAGGGUAGAGCAUAUCGAAAUGGAAAAAGAGGCCCAACGCAGGCUAGGGAACAUGAUCGGUGUUAUGGCGUAAUGAUGGCAUUGGACAAAAUGUUGCUAGCAAGAGAUUUGACGGGAGGAUUCCUUUACAAAGGAAAUCACGCUGAGUAGAGCGAGGAGGUAGUCAGCACGCCUCGAGCGUGCAAAGCAGGUAUAAGACUGGCGACUGCCGGAUAC